AUGACCUCGAAAAGAAGCGAUAAAGCGGUCUCUCUCAAGGGUGAUGAAGCCGAAAACCUCAUUGAAGAGUAUCUCACGGAACAGUAUCGGCCGUUUGCGCUCAACGAUAUCAUCCAAAAUCUGCACAACAAGGUUUCUAGAACCAAUGCGCAAAGAGCGCUUGAAAAUUUGACAAAUGACAACCGAAUUAUCUGCAAGCCGUUCGGGAAAGUGAUGAUUUACGUGUGCAACGAACGAAAAGUCGCCGAACCUGCAGACACGGAUCCAGUGUCCGUGGAAAUGGUUAUGCAGAUGCGAGAAGAGCUUAUUGAGCUUGAAAAGGAUAGAAUCGACGUGAACACAGAAUUUCAAAAUUCUGUCAAGCAACCAACCAACGAAGAUUUGAUUAGCAUGAUAGAAGCGCGGAACUGCGAGAUUCGAACGCUACAGCAACAGCUCGUCGAUAUUGAGUCGCAUUGGAACCCGGAAAACGAACGAAUCAUCAUGAAAGUCCAGGAUUACGAAAAAUCGAUUGCGAAAGAAACUAGUGCCAGGAAAAGAAUCUUUGGUAAUGCCCGUUCUUUGGUUAAAGAAGCCCUGAACGUGAAAAAUUUGGACGAGUUUCUGGAAGAUAUCGGCGUUGAAGUGAUCCAUUGA